CAGAUGCCUUGUGGUGUGUGUUUCGUACUAAAGACACAAUGAAAGAAGGAUGUCUUUGUAUUGUUGAAGAAGAUGUUAUAAAGGCUUUUUCACAAAGUGGAAACAUCGAGUCAACACCCUUACUUUUUAAGGUAUCAAAGGUUCUUGCAAUUCAUGGUGGUUUGAUUUUAGAGAGAAAUGUUUUGCCUUCAGAUUCAGAUCAACAGAAAAGCAAGAAGAUUCCGACCAUCUUCAGUUUAUUGAGCCCAUUGGAUGAACCAAGACCUGUUAUUGGACGCUAUGCGGGAAACACUUCGUUCAUGCGCGAUAAAACUCUACAUGUCGUUUUCACGUUCGACGAUCCUCCAUUACUUCUUACCUACGAUUCUUUCAUCGGAGUUCAUUCUCUUUGGUUGAUACGAGAAGCAAAAAAGGAGGAGUAUCCUGAACUUCCAACGAACAAUGAUUCGUCUUAUGUACUUCCUCAUCCAACCAAUCAACGUUUUCCCACUCCAAUAUUAAAACCAAGCGCCUACUCCCGACUCUCGUUGACCACAUCCUCUCCAGCACAUAUGACCGUGACUCGUACUUCGUCUCCUGUAGAGAAAGGUCAAGGACGUCUACCACAAUCGCCAUUUAUGUCAUCGCCACAAAUGUCGCGGUUAGUUUCAAGCAGAACUUUGCUUGAAUCACCAUCUGGUCAGCACAGUUUAGUAUAUUCAUCUUCCAUUCUUCAAUCUCCUGAUAUCUUUCGAUCUUCUGCAACUGUCGCCAACAGUUUCCACGAAGACACAUUCUGGCACACUAUUGAACCACUAGAACCGGAGAUUUGUCUGGAUCAUAUUUGGGAGGAAGUUUCAAAUGUCAGACACGCCAGCAAAGGAGAAGCUAGUAAAGCAUUUAUAGCAACUGAUGUUUGUGGCGUGAAAUAUGUUUGCUUUCUUGUCCCUCAUGUAUCGAAAUUAAGACUUACAAAAUUUAGCUGUGGUGAAAGAGCUGGCCAGGUGAUAUUUGGUUCUACUUUUGAUAUAUCAGCCAUUGAUGCUGCCCCCAUCAAGGGCCUUAACAUGAUUCUCGUCCUUUCUCCUGACAACACGUUGGCUUUAUACUCUGGCAAACAUAAGGGUUGUGACAUCAAAUUGAACAGCUUGGUAACUAUAAUUCAAAACGAUAUAACAAAUCAAGAGGAUUCGCAAUUAUCGUUUUUAUCUGAGACUGUUUUGGCUUCGCCUUUUCACUCAAGCCAAAGUUGGCAACCUUCGUCAACGUUUGACAACACGAGUGGGAAUUCAGUAAAUACAUUGGUAGAAGAUGAGAGAAAGCCGUAUGUUUUAGGGUUAAUGGAAAGUAAUGGACAUUCAGCGAUUUUGAAAUGUUGCAGUGGUUUUCAUUACAGAAUGACUUUACCUCCAUUGACUGGAGAUGAAACUGGUUUAUCAGUCUUCAGCUUGUGAAGCACCCUUUGGUCAUUUUUGUCAUUCUGGUAGAAUUUAUCAA